GGAGCGCCGCGGUGUCGGUGCAAUAAAAAUGCAUCCCAUGGAACUGCCCAUGGAGAAGGACGGGACCGAGCCUCGGCGGCCACAGAAGGUGGGAAAAGCGGAGGAGGACAGCCGGGAGGCGGCAGCGGCCGGGAAGUGAAAGGUCUCGCAAAGUUCAGCGUCGGCUGCGGGCGCCGAGCCCCGGGCGAGCGGCGCACCCGCCCUCAGGGCCGCUCAGCCGGCAGCGGCCAGGCCGGCUAUGAUCCCGGGGCUCCCGCCGCUGCUGAGUUGCCCGGGCCCCGCCAGGCCGGUGCGCGACGGUCACCCCGCCGCCUGGCGCGGCCCCGGCCCGCGGCUCUGUGCCCACGGUGCCCACUGAGCGAACCUGGCGCCCCGGGAGGAGGAAGAACCACAGAGCCCCCGGUGCUCCCGAGGACCGCUGCCGCUUCAUCCCACCCGCUCCCGCAGCUGCCCCGCCAUGGGGAGCUGCGCACGGCUGCUGCUGCUCUGGGGCUGCUCCGCGGUGGCCGCAGGCUUGAAUGGAGUAGCCGGAGCGAACUCCCGCUGUGAGAAGGCCUGCAACCCUCGCAUGGGAAACUUGGCUUUGGGAAGAAAGCUCCGGGCAGACACUAUGUGUGGCCAGAACGCCACCGAACUCUUCUGCUUCUACAGUGAGAAUGCUGACCUCACUUGCCGGCAGCCCAAGUGUGAUAAAUGCAAUGCUGCCCAUUCUCACCUGGCUCACCCACCCUCUGCCAUGGCAGACUCAUCCUUCAGGUUUCCCCGGACAUGGUGGCAGUCUGCAGAGGACGUGCACAGGGAAAAGAUUCAGCUAGACCUGGAAGCAGAAUUCUACUUCACUCACCUAAUUAUGGUGUUCAAGUCUCCCAGGCCUGCAGCCAUGGUGCUGGACCGGUCCCAGGACUUUGGGAACACCUGGAAGCCUUACAAGUACUUUGCAACAAACUGCUCGGCUACUUUUGGCCUGGAAGAUGACGUCGUCAAGAAGGGAGCUAUUUGCACGUCUAGAUACUCAAAUCCUUUCCCAUGCACCGGCGGAGAGGUUAUUUUCAGAGCCCUGUCACCACCAUACGACAUAGAAAACCCUUACAGUGCCAAAGUGCAGGAGCAGCUGAAGAUCACCAACCUCCGAGUGCGGCUGCUCAAGCGACAGUCCUGCCCUUGUCAGAUAAACGACUUGAACGCAAAGCCUCACCAUUUUAUGCACUACGCAGUCUAUGACUUCAUCGUCAAGGGCAGCUGCUUCUGCAACGGCCACGCUGACCAGUGCUUACCUGUGGAGGGCUUCAGACCCAUCAAGGCCCCAGGAGCGUUCCACGUGGUCCAUGGGAAGUGUAUGUGUAAGCACAAUACAGCAGGCAGCCACUGCCAGCACUGUGCACCAUUGUACAAUGACCGGCCCUGGGAGGCAGCGGACGGCAGAACAGGGGCUCCUAACGAAUGCAGAACUUGCAAGUGCAAUGGGCACGCGGACACCUGUCACUUCGACGUCAACGUGUGGGAGGCGUCGGGGAACCGCAGCGGCGGUGUCUGCAACAACUGUCAGCACAACACUGAGGGUCAGCACUGUCAGCGCUGUAAGCCGGGUUUCUACCGCGAUCUCCGAAGACCCUUCUCUGCCCCUGACGCUUGCAAAGCAUGUUCCUGCCACCCGGUUGGAUCGGCGAUCCUUCCUUUCAGCUCAGUGACCUUCUGCGACCCCAGCAAUGGUGACUGCCCCUGCAAGCCUGGGGUGGCGGGGCCACAUUGCGACAGAUGCAUGGUGGGAUACUGGGGUUUUGGAGACUACGGCUGCAGACCUUGCGAUUGUGCAGGGAGCUGCGACCCGCUCACAGGAGACUGCAUCAGCAGUAACGCUGAUGUAGACUGGUACCACGAAGUCCCCGCCUUUCACUCGCUGCACAAUAAGAGUGAGCCCAGCUGGGAAUGGGAGGAUGAGCAAGGAUUUUCUGCCCUCCGACACUCAGGUAAAUGUGAAUGUAAGGAACAGGUGUUAGGAAACCCCAAAGCCUUUUGUGGAAUGAAGUAUUCAUAUGUGUUAAAAAUCAAGAUCUUAUCAGCCCACGACAAAGGCUCCCAUGCCGAGGUCAACGUGAAGAUUAAGAAAGUCUUAAAGUCCACCAAACUGAAGAUCUUACGAGGCAAGAGAACGCUAUACCCAGAGUCCUGGACUAACAGAGGCUGCACCUGUCCAAUCCUCAAUCCAGGAUUGGAGUACCUGGUCGCUGGCCACGAGGACGUAAGAACAGGCAAAUUAAUUGUGAAUAUGAAAAGCUUUGUCCAGCACUGGAAACCAGCUCUUGGCAGAAGAGUCAUGCACAUCUUAAAAAGAGACUGCGUGUAGCACUGAAGGUCUUAAGCACACAAGGGCUUUUCUCUGGGUAGCAGAUACACAAGUCUAAUGAAAAAGAGACCUCAAAAUAAAACUGGAAUUUUUUUUUAAGUGCCAAAAUGGGGGGGGGGGGGAUGUUCCAAUCGCAUAGGCCUUGUCUAACCUAAGCAUUCUAGAUCUGUGUUUGAAAACAGUCAUGUUUCAUAAAGAGAAAUGAGAACCCCAAGCCGAUACCUGCUUUAAGUGAAACUGGUUCUGAAAGCCAUAGUUAUUGAGAAUUUUUUUAAUAGUGAUAUUGCCGUCAUCCAUUAAGGGCUGUAUCCCUGAUAAGGUCUUCUCCCGGCUUCAGAUACGUGUGUGAGGCUAUUUAAGGAAUUAAUGAGAUUUUAGGGAAACACACCCCUCACCCCCACCUUCCAACUCCACUUACAGGAAAGGCAUUUCUUAAAGAGAGCCUUGUCUUGUGUGCUGCGUGUGGCCAUCGGUGUGCGGGAUGUGAAUGGGACUUCUCCAUAUAUAUAUAUAUAUAUAUAUUAUAUAUAUAUAUAUAUAUAUAUAUAUAUAUAUAUAUAAUUUCCUUCUGUAAAGCACUUUACCUACUACUUGUGAAAGUCUGGAGACUGCUACUGACAGGCAGAGAAGAGAGGGGCUGCCUGAAGACCCUACUGAACCAGAAGCCCCACCACUGUGGACGGAGAGGAAUCGUGAAUAAAGAAAUCUAUGCUGUUAGCUCCAGAUACUGGGAGAAACACUGUAGACACACAGCCUAAAAGGAGAAUUUUGUGUGAAGUCUCAGUUUGGAGUGAGAGGUUAGAUUGUGAGAUACUGGCCAUAAUGAAACGAGAGAGAGAGAGAGAGAGAGAGAGAGAGAGAGAGAGAGAGAGAGAGAGAGACUUUAAAAGAAAAAAAUGUAGAAAAAUGUUUCCAUAGAGGGGAAGUAGACUUUAAAUGUCGAAAAUGUCAUUUAUUUGUGAGGCACUUGUACACACUUCGAAAAUUAUUGUAAACACAGAAUUUGUUCUAUUUUUUGUUUAGUAUUUAAACGUGAAUAUUGGACCAGUUUUCUUCCUUCUUGUAUUAACAAUACAUGUACCAGUUUCCUAACACAGAGUAUGUGAUAGUUCACCAGCUUGCUCCUUUCCAUCAUCUUCCGUCUUCUUUAUCCAGGCAUAGCCCUGCUGCAGACAGUUUCUACUGUACUUGAACUUACAAACCAGGAACCACAGUGCCGAAACCUUAGAUUCACAUCCGGAGCCUAUUUUUCCCUUAGGUCCUGUGGACUCACAAAAAAAUAUAUAUAUAUUGCCUUGUGACUUUGUUUUUAUAUUUCAUGUAUGUAAUAAAGGCAGAUGGACUCCUGAA